AUGGCUGCGGAAGGUACUGUAAUGUCCUCAUAUAAAAGAAGAAAAUUAGAUGUGUCACCGACAAAACCUCGAUUGAGUGCAUUUGCUGCAAGACAGGCUCUGAAGAGCAACACCAGUAGUCCGAAAAGUCCUGCAAAAAAGGACGAAUCUGCAACUGGCUCGGAAGCUGCUAAGAGUACGGAUCUGAAUGACCCAGUCUUGGACGCCCCGGUCACCUUAGAUCCCCAAAAUCCUAUCGGAAAUACAACCUACCAAGAUGCUACAAGCUCGUAUAUCACUGCAAAUCAUAAACUGGAUGAAGAGCCCCAGCUCGCAUCAUUUGAAUCACGUGGCGGGUCUUCAGGUUUGUUGCUACAGCGGCCAGCAGUCUCACUGUCAUCGUUCAAGCCGGGCAAGAGCAAUGUGAAAUGCUUGGGAGUUGGUGCAAUCCGUGUUAAAGUAGCCCCUGGUGAGCGUCUUGUUAUUGUUGGCCAGUAUGAGCUCUGCAUCCAAGGCGGCCAAGUCACUCUCUUAGGAGCAACCUUACAACCUUCAAAAACAUCGUAUCGCGUGUUUUCUGCGUCUUCUCACUCACUACCAGUACUAAGAUGUGUGUCGACUGAUGUAAGUUCGGCCGAUAUCGUGCUUCGAAACUGUAGCAGCGGACUUGAAGAUCUAGAGACGCUGUCACCACUUUUUGGGAAGUUAUGGAGCCCUCAUGCUGGACCGUUCGGUGCAGAAUACGAAGAUUCGAUGUUGAAGAUCCAGAAUUGUACAUUCAAGAUUCUCUUCUCGUCGAAGCUCGAUUUGCAGUCUAACUAUCUGCAGCCCCUCGUAUCACCUCCAGAAUGGAACCUGCUCCUAUCUAGAUUAUCCAAGCCAACAGAGACGAAGUGCAUAGUCAUGGUCUGCGGGCCAAAAUCAUCGGGCAAAUCAACAUUUACGAAGCUACUGUGUAACCGACUACUUUCAGGAAUCCGAGGAAUGGCUGAUGCGUCCCAAGGUAUCGCGCUAUUAGACUUAGAUCCCGGCCAGCCUGAAUACUCACCACCUGGGCAGCUGGCUCUUGUACAUGUCCAAGUCCCAAACUUUGGGCCACCAUUCUCUCACCCCAUACCACCCGAAAAGAGCAAGAUAAUACGUGCUCAUUCUAUUGCAUCGAUAUCACCCUCUUCAGACCCAGGUCUGUAUAUGGCAUGUGCUCUUGACCUCUUAUCUCACUACCGAGCCACAGGGUCAGCAGUAAGGGAUUGUCCUCUGAUCAUUAACACUCCUGGAUGGGUGUUCGGCACAGGCUUGGAAAUUUUAGUCGACUUAAUCCACCGAGUAAAGCCAACGGAAGUCAUAUACAUGUCUCAAGACGGUCCGCCAGAAGUUGUUGACACGCUCAGAGAAGCUAUCCACUCGAAGCAACUGCUCACCGUACCUUCACAAACUAGCGAAUACACAACUCGAACAGCGGCCCAUCUCAGAACUAUGCAAGCAAUGUCCUACUUCCACCUAAUUACAAGAAACACAGGCAGUCUGAAUUGGAGUGGUACACCGCUUACGUCGAUUCCGCCCUGGGAAGUACGAUAUUCAGGAGAGGAUCCAGGAAUACUUGGCGUUAUGUGCUAUGGCGAGCAGCCACCACCAGAACUCCUUGUAGAUACCAUCACUGGCUCGCUCGUCGCAGUCGUUGUAAUCGACGACAUGUUCGCUAUACUUGGUCGUGAUAACGGUCAACAAGAGGGCUACGUAGGCUGUCCAGCCCAGGAGGGCAAUUUCGAUGCAGAGAUCCGCGUCCUCGACCACUCCAAUGAACCACCACGGAUCGAAAAACCUCUGAUCUUGCCCACACCAGCUGAACAGAUCCCUUAUUUCAAUCCGGCGAAUGCCAUCACACUCGAUCCGAGAUAUUCACAUUCUAUUGGCAUUGCUCUUGUUCGCGGUAUCGACGUGCGGCGCCGGCGGAUCCAGUUGCUGAGUCCAGUCUCACCAAGUAUCAUUGACGAGAUCAACGCAUCGGGAAAGACGAUAGUGCUUGUUAGUGGGAAGUUGGAUACACCCGGAUGGGCUUAUACAGAAGAGCUGAACAUGACAAUCGCUCUGGAGAAAACAGCCGAAAAGCUACCGCUGAAAAUUGCCCUUGCUGGGGAAGCCGAUAUGGACCUAGAUAAUGCAGACGUUGAUGAUGAUCUUGAUGAUGAUUAUUUAGAAGAAGGAGACGUGCAGACCAUUGAAGGUAGGGACAGUCAACGCGCUGCUGGAGAUAGAUUUCGAGACGCACCUUGGGUGGAGAGACUGGAUGGAUCCAAAGGCAGAGGAGUCGGGGCGAGGGUGUGGAGAGUAAGGAGAGAUCUGGGGAGGCUGGGAGAUGGAGGCGAAUGA